CCUCCGCGCCAUCAGCUCUCAGGUGGCGGCGAGGUCUGCGUUCGGUUUAUGGUGUUCCCAGCCAAGCGGUUCUGCUUGGUGCCAUCCAUGGAAGGCGUGCGCUGGGCCUUUUCCUGUGGCACAUGGCUGCCGAGCCGAGCAGAAUGGCUGCUGGCGGUGCGAUCGAUCCAGCCCGAGGAGAAGGAGCGUAUUGGCCAGUUCGUCUUUGCCCGGGACGCUAAGGCAGCCAUGGCUGGCCGUUUGAUGAUAAGGAAACUGGUUGCAGAGAAAUUGAAUAUCCCUUGGAAUCAUAUUCGUUUGCAAAGAACUGCAAAAGGAAAACCAGUCCUUGCAAAGGACUCGCUGAAUCCUUAUCCUAACUUCAACUUUAACAUUUCCCAUCAAGGAGACUAUGCAGUGCUUGUGGCUGAACCUGAACUACAAGUUGGCAUUGAUAUAAUGAAGACGAGUUUUCCAGGUAACGUUGCAUUUUUGUGGUAGAAGUUAGUGUCUUGAUGCCUCAGUUGGCAAGUUAUUGGGUAACUGCAUGCCUGGUAAUCUAUUAAAGAUACUCAGUAUAUCCAACAGUAUAUAUCUGAAAAGGAUCGAUUUCCUUUAAUAUUAGCAGGUUUCUGCAAGAAUACUUAGUCCACAUUAUUGGGGAUCCAUAUGACGCUUUG